AUGCUCAGUCAGAGCGGAAGAAGGUGGUCUUGGAGCUAUGAGCCCUGGACUACUACGGAGAGUGAGGUCACAACCCAAGCUGGGGGCGGCCAGCAGCACAGAAGCAUCUGCUCCACGGGGGCCCACUCUGGUUCCCAGGCCAGCGCUCCACCGUGGGCCGAGGGUAACUGCAACUAUCACAUCGAGGAGGACGAGGCUGGGGACGAGGAAGCGUGGAACAAGGAUCUAGCUGUGGAGGGACAGCAGCCACAGGAGGCCACCACCUCCCAGCCGGACGACGACGACCUUCUCAGCGCAUCGUCCACGCUGAACGUGAACGUGGGCGGCCACAGCUACCGCCUGGCCCGCCGCGCGCUGGCCCGCCACCCCGAGACCCGCCUGGGCCGCCUGGUUACCGCCAAGGGCCGCAGCCGCCAGCUGGGCCUGUGCGACGACUACGAGGCGCGGGACGACGAGUAUUUCUUCGACCGCGACCCGGCGGUGUUCCAGCUGGUCUACAACUUCUACGCGUCCGGGCUGCUGCUGGUGCGCGACCAGCUGUGCCCGCGCGGCUUCCUGGAGGAGCUGGGCUACUGGGGCGUGCGGCUCAGGUGCACCCCGCGCUGCUGCCGCAUCUGCUUCGAGGAGCGGCGCGAGGAGCUGAGCGAGCAGCUGACGAUCCAGCGUGAGCUGCGCGCCCAGGCGCAGGCCGAGGUGGCCGACGAGCUCUUCCGAGACCUGCGCUUCUUCGGGCCACAGCGCCGAUGCCUCUGGAAUCUCCUGGAGAAGCCCUUCUCCUCCGUGGCCGCCAAGGUCAUCGGGGUCGUCUCCAGCCUCUUCGUGCUGAUUUCCGUCGUGGCGCUGGCGCUCAGCACGGUGGAGGAGAUGCAGCGGCCGGCCGGGCAGGGCGCGGGCCCGCGGCCCCUCCUGGAGCACGUGGAGAGGGCGUGCAUGGCCUUCUUCACGCUCGAGUUCCUGCUGCGCCUGAGCUCCACGCCCCACCUGCGGCGCUUUGCGCGCAGCGCCCUCAACCUGGUGGACCUGGUGGCCAUCCUGCCGCUCUACCUGCAGCUGCUGCUCGAGGGCGUCACGGGCGAGGCCCCGGGCCGUGGCAAGGACUCCCCGCGCGAGCACGACCUCGAGACGGUGGGCCGCGUGGGCCAGGUGCUGCGCCUCCUGCGCCUCCUGCGCAUCUGCCGCAUCCUCAAGCUCGCGCGCCACUCCACCGGCCUGCGCGCCUUCGGCUUCACGCUGCGCCAGUGCUACCAGCAGGUGGGCUGCCUGCUGCUCUUCAUCGCCAUAGGCGUCUUCGCCUUCUCCGCGGCCGCCUACUCCGUGGAGCAUGACGUGCCGGGUACCAACUUCACCAGCAUCCCCCACGCCUGGUGGUGGGCCACGGUAAGCAUCUCCACUGUGGGCUACGGAGACAUGUACCCAGAGACCCACCUGGGCAGGUUCUUUGCCUUCCUCUGCAUUGCUUUUGGGAUUAUCCUCAAUGGGAUGCCCAUUUCCAUCCUCUACAACAAGUUCUCUGAUUACUACAGCAAGCUCAAGGCUUAUGAGUACACCACGAUCCGAAGGGAAAGGGGAAAUGUGGAAUUCAUGCAGAGAGCCAGAAAGAAGAUGGCAGAGUGUGUGGCUGGAAGCAGCCCAUAG